UGGGGGCGGUGUUGGCCGGUUCUCCGGAAGGAGACGUGGCGGCGGUUGGGCCCCCGGCUGCCCGGGCGCUCUCUCGUCCCGCCGCCUCCUCCUCCUCCUUCUCCUCCUCCACGUCUCCGCUGAAGGCAGAGGGGGUUCGUGGCGGCGGCUGGGGAGAGCGGCGGCGGAGGAUGGAGGCAGGAGGCGGCGGCGCGCGGAGCCUGGUCCCCGGUGGGCCGGUGUUACUGGUCCUCUGCGGCCUCCUGCAGGCGUCCGGCGGCGGCCGAGCGCUUCCCCCGCUCAGCGACGAUAUCCCUUUCCGAGUCAACUGGCCCGGCACCGAGUUCUCUCUGCCCACAACUGGAGUUUUAUACAAAGAAGAUAAUUAUGUCAUCAUGACAACUACACAUAAAGAAAAAUAUAAAUGUAUACUUCCCCUUGUGACAAGUGGAGAUGAGGAGGAAGAAAAGGAUUACAAAGGCCCUAAUCCACGAGAGCUUUUGGAACCACUAUUUAAACAAAGCAGUUGUUCCUACAGAAUCGAGUCCUAUUGGACUUAUGAAGUGUGUCAUGGGAAACACAUUCGGCAAUACCAUGAAGAAAAAGAAACUGGUCAGAAAAUAAAUAUCCAUGAGUACUACCUGGGAAAUAUGUUGGCCAAGAACCUUCUGUCAGAAAAAGAACGAGAAGCAGAGGAAAAGGAAAAGUCAAACGAGAUUCCCACUAAAAAUAUCGAAGGUCAGAUGACACCAUACUACCCAGUGGGAAUGGGAAACGGUACACCUUGUAGUUUGAAACAGAACCGGCCCAGAUCAAGUACUGUGAUGUACAUAUGUCAUCCUGAAUCUAAGCAUGAAAUUCUUUCAGUAGCUGAAGUUACAACUUGUGAAUAUGAAGUUGUCAUUUUGACACCACUCUUGUGCAGUCAUCCUAAAUAUAGGUUCAGAGCAUCUCCUGUGAAUGACAUAUUUUGCCAGUCACUGCCAGGCUCACCAUUUAAGCCCCUCACUCUGAGACAGUUGGAGCAGCAGGAAGAAAUAUUAAGGGUGCCUUUUAGGAGAAGUAAAGAGGAAGACCUGCAGUCAACUAAAGAAGAAAAAUUUCCAGCAAUCCACAAACCCAUUGCUAUUGGCUCUCAGCCAAUGCUCACUGUCGGAACAACUCACAUAUCCAAGCUGACGGAUGACCAGCUCAUUAAAGAGUUCCUUAGUGGUUCUUACUGCUUUCAUGGGGGUGUUGGUUGGUGGAAAUAUGAAUUCUGCUAUGGAAAACAUGUACAUCAAUAUCAUGAGGACAAGGAUAGUGGGAAAACCUCUGUGGUUGUGGGGACAUGGAACCAAGAAGAGCACAUUGAAUGGGCCAAGAAGAAUACUGCCAGAGCCUACCAUCUUCAGGACGAUGGCACCCAGACAGUCAGGAUGGUGUCCCAUUUUUAUGGGAAUGGAGAUAUUUGUGAUAUAACUGACAAACCAAGACAGGUGACAGUAAAGCUAAAGUGUAAAGAAUCUGACUCUCCUCACGCCGUUACUGUAUAUAUGCUAGAGCCGCACUCCUGCCAGUAUAUUCUUGGGGUUGAAUCUCCAGUGAUCUGUAAAAUCUUAGAUACAGCAGAUGAAAAUGGACUUCUUUCUCUUCCCAACUGAAGGCUAUGAACACUGGGGGAACCAGAUCAUUGCGAGUCAAGAUGGUCUCUGUCUGACCAUAUGGCUCAUAGAGUUCUAAGCCAUUGGACCUCAUCUAAAGGAUCAUAUAAAAGGACUCUCAACUACUUUGUGAAUGUAUAUGUGUAUAUAAGAGGUUAUUGAUAAACUAAGGCUACAUUUUUCUCACCUUUUUUUCAUCUUUUGUUGUGUGUUUUGAACUGUUUUUUUUUCUUUGCUUGAAUAAUGUGAUUCUGAAAUAAAUCUUAUCCAAGCAAUAUGGAGUCCAGCCUAUUCAAAUGUCAUAAUUGUUGUAUCUAUUAAAAGCUAUUAAAGAUUUACUAUGUAAACUAUAUGACUAGGUAAUGAAGUAAAGAUAAUGAAGAAAAGAUGCUGAAAGAAGGUUAUUUAAGUGAGAAACCAUGUAAUAUGUGUAAAUUACAGUGCCUGAAAUCCCUUCAACGUUUCAUCUAGCAGCUACUCUCUGGCAGUCACUAAACUAGAAAACUGGGCACAAAGUAAAACUUCACAGGGAGUUUUCUUGGCCCAGAAUAACCUCAAGAGAUCAUUAUUUAAUAGGCUUUUUUCUUCUGAACCUUGGUUUGUUUGUUUCUCCUUUUUGUAGGAGCACGUUUUCUCGCAGAGUGUGUAUCUGGUGUGGACAGUUGGUGACCCUCUGAUUCAGAAUGAUUUGCUCUGGUGAAACACACUGUGCUGGACAGCCAUUGUACUUAAUACUGUAUACUACAGAUUUUAGUUCUGGACAGUUUUACAGUACAAUAUUUAUUUUCAAGUGAAUAAAAUGUUCAUAAAUA